ACCAAACCGAUGUGCAUUUAACGAAACCAUAUUUUUUCCGCGUGCAGCAGGUAAUUAUGAUUGCAAUCUUUUAUUCAAAUAUUAGUUUUUGUAUUUUUUUUAUUAAUAACAUUUUAGAUUCUCGGUACAUACUUCCAAACAUGUACUUAGUUGUGUAAACAAUCGACGGCAAAGGGCGCAAAGAAUUAACUGCAGUCCCAGCAAGAUGGGUGGAAACUUCCAGUAGGGGCCAAUUUCUUCGUUGGCCUAAUAGUAAGUCCCAGUCAGAGCUCUCCAAUUUGCUGAAAAGCCCAAUGUCGAAACCCACCGCAUCAUGGACACGGAGCAGGUGUAAGAUAAAGAGAAAGGAUUUGAACACGCUGAAUGAAGCAGAUGCGUUUGUCGAAUCCAUGUCCGGUGAAUCCAGCACGGACUCCUGCAUUCAGGUUCAAGCCCUCCAGCCAAAUAUCGAUGAUAUCAAUUUUCAACGACUGAUUGAUGAAACUAAUAGAACACAAGCGUCAAAAGUGAUUUCGGUACCUCGACUACCUAAACCGACAUCUGUAAAUCGUUCGUCUUCGAAGGCAAUAGAAGUUACGCUGCCCAUUGAUCUGCCUUCGCAUGAGGUAUCAUAUGCGCUUCCUGAUCCGACCGUUGAAGUCCAAUAUGUCCAAGCUCCAAAUUUAGAUUCUCCGAUACAAAGGAACUUCAAUAACACCAUUGUGGAGUAUGUAUCAUUAGAACAGCCUGAAAUAAAUCAAAAUGAUGCUUACGAAAACCAAGCGUCAGAACCUGGAUUGAGAGAUAUUUAUUCGAUGCUCAGACAGAUACUGGAUCGUGUGACUGAGCAGGAAAGAAGAUCUUUGGAUCAAAGCGUAAAGCUGGAUUUCAUUUUUAAUAAAAUUCAGCAGAAGGAAAUCAAUCAAACGAACGAUGAUUUUUCAUUUAAAUGCAUCACGAAUGAAAAAGAAUUGAACGAAUUAGAAGAACAGCUUGGCGACGAGGAAUACAAACAAAAUUUUUUAAAAUGGCUCAUUUCCAACAUCGAGGGCGAAUGUUCAGAGAAUAGAAUGUUGCAGGCGCUAGAUUUAAUUUUUUCUUUAAAAUUUCAAGCCGAUUGUACCUGGACAGGUUCAAGCCGAGUCGCAUCUAAAACAGCUAUACUGUCAAACCCCAAGCUUUUGAACAUUUUUCAAAAAAUAGGCACAACACAAACCGAAAUGGUUAACCAAAUUAAACUAGCUGACUUUUUCAAAAAAAAGCUUAAAAAUGCCACGAAACGAUUGACAAAUACUGAAUAAAAAACAAAAACCAUCGAAGAUUUCAACAGGCAUAGAUGAUCCAAUUUCGAGUGAAAUGUCUUCUGAUAUUGGAGACUUCGAUGA